UGAGGGGAGUGAAAGCGGCGGUGGGGCGGUGGAUGUUACCAGAGGGUUAUCCGGAUAGUGUGACGCCUGACUAUAUGGAGUACACACUGUGGCGCAUGCGGCAAACAGUGGCGAGUGAAAUGAACCACGUGCUUACAACGCAGGCAAUGCUGUAUGCAGUGGGGCUUGGGAAGGGCGCCAUUCCAGCAGCGGCGGCGGUCAACUGGGUGCUCAAGGACGGCUUAGGCUACGCAGCCAAGGUCACUCUCUCGCAAUUCGGCCGCCGCUUCGACGUGUCGCCCAAGCGCUGGCGCCUGCUGGCUGACCUCGGGGAGAACCUCUCCGCCUCCCUCGAGCUCCUCACUGCCACCUUCCCGCAGUACUUCGUCCAGCUGGCCGCUGCAGCCGGGGCAGGGUUUUCUGCGUCGAGUCUUGUGCAAAGCGCCACGAGGAAUCGGUUUUAUGCCGGGCUGGCAGGCAGAAGAAACUUCGCAGAGGUGCUUGCUAGGGCAGAGGCGCAGGGCAUGGUGAGCAAGACACUGGGCAUGGCCCUUGGGAUUGCCAUCGCACCGCAUGUGGGCACCAAGGGGCCGCUGCUCUGGCUGACGCACAUCCUGCUCUCGGCCUCCCACCUCUACUGCAACUACCGCUCCUAUAAAGCUGUGCAGCUGCGCACCUUGAACCCCUUCAGAGCGGAUAUCGUCCUGGCCGAGUACGCGACCAAUGGCAGAGUGCCAGGUGUCAUCGCAGUGAACUCCCAAGAACCCAUUUUGCCACCCAUCUCCCUCAAAACCAUCUUCUCGCCCAAGGCAUCACCCCCGCCCCUCCCAGGCACGGGCAGCGAGUCUUGGAUCGAGUUCGGAGUGCCCUUGGCCGCAGUGGCGCACACAGAGAGGGAGGCCGAGGCGAUGGCUGAGAUGUUUCGAGCGGAGAAGUAUCUACUGGGAAGGGACGAGAGAACGGGGCAGAUGCAGGUGGUGCUGAAAGAAGGCGCCCUCCCCCGCGAUUUCCUCCGGGCUGCCCUACAAGCAGCGUACCUCCGCACACUCUCCCCCCACUCCCUCUGCCUCACCAUCCACUCGCUCCCGGCCCACGCACGCACACACGUCCAGGCGCGUGCAGCCGCCUUUGCAUCCUCUGGCAAACUGGAGGUGCUCCAUGUGUCGUAUGAUCGCAUGGCUGCGGGGUUUGAUGGGCUCUGUGAGGCUUUGAGGGCAAGUGGGUGGCGGUGCGACGAUGGGCUGCUGGCUAGACCUGGGGACUGGAGGCUGCUGACGGCGUCAGCAGACAAGAAGAGAUGAGGGUGUGGUGUGGGGUGUGCUGCGUGGGGGCAUGUUUUCAUGGCAAACAGGGGAUGCUGUGAUCAUGUAGCAUCUGCACUGCAUCUGCUGGUAGACUGGAGGUGCUCCAUGUGUCGUAUGAUCGCAUGGCUGCGGGGUUUGACGGUCUAUGUGAGGCUUUAAGGGCCAGUGGGUGGCGCUGCGACGAUGGGCUGCUGGCUAGACCUGGGGACUGAGGCUGCUGACACUGACAGCGUCAGCCGACAAGAAGAGUUGAGGGUGUGGUGUGCGAUGUUCCACAUGGCAGCAUGAGUGCGUGGCAAGGGGACGCAUGCCUGCUGCAGGCUCUGUGGAGGUGCCUUGUGGCGAGAGUGUGUUUGCCAUGAGUGACAUGCAUGGGAUGGGAGGUGUAGCGCUACCAUGGGAAGAUUCCUAAUGCACCAGAAUACGAGUUUGAGAUAGCUCGUAGAAAACGAACGAACUUUCUUCCAGUCUCGCCUUUUGUCGUUGAUGUUGCCUCGUCAUAUUCAAGGUGUGAAAUGCUAUGAGCCAACUGUCAAUAUAUAUUAUAUAUAUAU